CGUCGUUGCCGUAGCCGGUGUCUUUAUAAUACUAAACUAAAAGAUGAAAGCAAUCAUUCAAAGAGUAACGUCGGCUAAAGUAACAGUCGGCGACGAGCUGGUCAGUUCCAUCGGCCGGGGUCUGUGCGUGCUGGUGGGCAUAUCCAGCGACGAUAACGCCAACGAUGUCGACUGGAUGGCCCGCAAGUUGCUCAACAUCCGGCUGUUCGAGGACCCCGCCAACGGCAAACGGUGGUCCCAGAGCGUGCUGGAUCAACGGUUGGAGCUGCUGUGCGUGAGUCAGUUCACGCUGUACCACCGGAUGAAGGGCAACCGGCCGGAUUUUAGCCGGGCCAUGCAGGGACCGGAUGCGCAAGCUUUGUACGGGACGUUACUGGCUAGGUUGGGGAGCUUGUACGAGGCGGAUAAGAUCAAGGACGGCCGGUUUGGGGCCAUGACGCAGGUUCACAUCCAGAACGAUGGUCCGGUUACGCUGGAAAUUGAGUCACCGGCGCAGAGUCAAGCCGAGCUGGACAAGUUGAAACGAGCCAACGAACACAAGGCAAAGAGCAAGAAAGAAGAAGGGGGACAGUGAAAUGUUAUUUAUUUAUGAAAGAUGUAAAACAACCGUUUUUUUAAUUUUCUUCAA